UAACGUGUGACGUAAUUAUAAUAGUUUUUCCACACCGUAUGACGUCACGUAUUGACAUUCUGAACCAGGAAGUGGAGCGCAGGAAAGAGCGUUUCCCAAUCGACGAUGUAAUGUAUCAGACGGGAAACAUGGCAUUUUAUUUCAUCCUCUUCUUCGUCCUUACAAAGGCGACAUUUGGAAAUGAUGAGGUGACAUUCGUAUCAGAGCUUUCGUCCAAACCAGCUCAGAAGUUGUCCAUGUAUGGCUCGUAUGGCAGCGUAAGGUUGCAAAGGUUUCACAUACCAGAGGACACCGCCAUAGCCUGCUGGUUCCUAACAGUAACCAAGGGCCACGGCUUUCACUGCAGAGAGAAGAAUGUCACCAUCUAUAUUCGGCAGGGUGCACCUCCAGUAAUAAACCCUAUUGGCACUGAGUUUCCAGACGUGACACUGUGGAACGCCUCUCGCUCCUUCAUUGUCCCAGUGACUUCGCUUAGCUCAGCAAGCUUUAACCUCUCUGAUCCUACACCCGGGGACUGGUUUAUUGUCAGCCACUUGCCUGAAGAUGAUGGGCGCAUUGAACAGAAGGGCUUGCCAUCGUGUUCCUACUUUUUAGAGCCUCAGCUGUCCAUCAGGAGGGCAGUUGACACACCCAUUAUACAGACGGGAAGUAAGCUCAGACAGACGGCCGGCCCGGAUAAACCCACACGCCUAAAGUUGUAUGUCCCACAGUUCUCUUCAUCUGUUUCCAUGAUUGUGGACAAUUGUUCCUCAGCAGAGGAAGCUGUAAAUUGCACUCUGGCCCUCAGCAUCGGCUCAAACUCUCUACUAUAUGACGCAGCAAGAGUGAAAUGCGCUGGGCGUAGGUGUUCUGUGUUUCUCAAUAACCCACCUUGGGACACCUGGUUACGUGUUGUCGUGGAGAGUAUUCAAGACAACCAAACAGUGACUUUCGACAUUCAAUCAAGCUACCCAGUGGAGUGCAAGCCAGAAAGCGUAGGUCUUGCAGCCGGUCUUCCAGGUCUCGAUAUCAACAGCAACUCCUCAUCGGCGAGCAACAGCUCCGCGGCUUUAGAGAGUGUUCUCUUCAGCAGUCAGAUGGGAUCGCUCCUUCUGUUGCCUUCUGCGUGUGUAUGGAACAUUCCGGUGCACUAUGAAGAGACGGAUAUUUUCUCACUCCGAUUCUCUCCGGUGGUUGGACCCAACGUCAGCGUCAGAGCGACGCAGCCCACACUGCUUACAUACCCUCUGCCUGCGCAUGCCACCGGCGGGACACUCAACCUGCAGCUCACACUCAACACUACGAAUGUAACACUGGGGAACGGCAGCACCGUGGUGGCCUGCUUCACUCCCGAAUCACCAGUCCUUCAACUCAACAACUCGCUACGAUGCCGCACAGGAUACGGAAUGAAUGUGAGCACCGGUUUUCCCAAAUCUGUCAUCCGGCUGCCUUUUCCUCUGUUAGCAACAUGGUACCUCACUCUUCAACUCAUGUGCGACAGUGACUGUGGCAAUGUGUCUGUUGUGUCCGUGAACCCGGAGGUUUUUGUCACUGGCUGCGUGGAGGACUGUGGCAUGUUUGGGGAAUGUCGACUCUUCAGGUCUUCCAACUACUUGUAUGCGGCCUGUGUGUGUAAGACUGGUUGGAGGGGUUGGGGCUGCACCGACGACUCAGAAGCUCUGUCGUUGACCCGCCAAGUGGCAGCCACUCUGCUGCUCACGCUCAGUAACCUCAGCUUCCUGCCAGCAAUCGUGUUGGCCGUCAAACGCUUCUACAUCACGGAGGCAUCUGUUUACCUCUUCACUAUGUUCUUCUCUACGUUCUACCAUGCCUGUGACCAGCCCGGUAUAGCCGCGUUGUGCAUAAUGAGCUACAACACCCUCCAGUACUGUGACUUCCUGGGCUCUGUUUGUUCCAUAUGGGUCACAUUUUUGUGCAUGGCUCGUUUCAGGAAUACAGUCAAAUAUACUCUGUUUCUUUUUGGAACUCUGCUGAUCGCCAUGUCACUGCAGCUGGACCGCAGAGGUCUGUGGAACCUGCUGGGUCCCAUCCUCACCGCCAUUCUCAUCACGGCGGCUGUUUGGGUGCACCGAGGAGUGAAGCGUGGCCAGUGUUACCCUCCGUCCUGGCAGAGAUGGGUCUUCUACUUUCUGCCCGGACUACUCUGUGCUGUCAUCGGGAUAAGUUUGUAUGUUUUUGCAGAGACGGAGGACAACUACUUCUACACACAUUCCAUUUGGCACAUCCUGGUGGCCUCCUGCGUUGUUUUCUUUCUACCUCCACGUGAAAGAACUGCCGUCAACUGGACCAUGGGAUGGUCCUCAGAUUGGAAUUGGACGUGGAGCUGGACUCCUCGCAUUUGCGGUUACACACUGUGUAGCAAAGAUGAGUGCCACACUGUCACAUGACACCGACACACUGAUUCUGUCAAACUGCUGCAACACUCACACAAGACGCACUUUGAGAAUGUAGCGUCUGCUUCUGUAAUUCCUUUCUUCCUCCCACAAGCAUCAACUUUACCUGCUGCUUUUUUUGUAAUCACAUUCAAACACUGUCUUUAUAAAAGUUCAAAAAGAGCAAUUCUGCAGACCUCCCAAAAAUGACAUACGUUUCAGUACCUCCUGAUCCAUGGAACCAGCUAUAAGCGAAAAGAGGUAUUCAGGUAGCCUGACCAGUUUUAUACCAAUUGUUUGUGUAGCUCUUAUUUGGUAGUUGAUACACUGUAAGCUCCAAAUAUUUAUGAAUUCUGUUAUUUUAAAAAUGUCAAUUCCUGCUCAGUGAUAGUGUGUGCAAAUGUGUAUACAUGUUGUCUUCCUUUAAGGAGUCGGAUGGAUCAGGCUCCGCGCAACCCUGAACAUGAUAAGUAGUAUAGGAAAUGACCGAUGAUGUUGACCUGGUUUAUUAUUUUUCAAUUCCUUCCAUGAUGGCCUAUGGUUCACACCAGUUGAAUGACUCCUUGUCAGGUGUGUUUAUGCCGUACUCAUUCUGAAGCACUUCUAAAUUAUGUUAGUUCCGUAGCCCUUAUGCUCUAGUGAGACCUUGAAUGUAAACGUAUAUAUGUGCCUCCCUGUUUUUAUUUCUUACCUCUGUCAUUCCAGAUUUUGUUUCAUGCACUUUAUAUCUUUGGGUAUUCACCACACUCAAUGUUCAAAUCCACCCUGCCUUUCGCUGUACAUCUUUAUGGGAAUGGCCUGAGGAGAUCUGUGAACCUCUACCUCCCAGUUAUUUGACUUACACACAUAACAAAAAUAAAUCUGUCGUCAACAGCA